UGUGUUGUUUGUUAUCGUCGCGGAUUCAACGUCUGUGACUGACAAUCCAUUUAACGACAUACUACACACACACACACACACAAUUCUAACGUUCAAUUUCAAUAGGAAAAUAAGGGGGAAGGAAGGGGGCGGGGUAAUCGAUUUUUUGUCUCCAAAUUAAAGGCCGAUUUUCUGCAGAAGAUGCUGGGCGGAUGAUUGGGCCGCAGCCGAAAUGAGUUCCGAUUUCGAGAUUGACAACAGCGCAGGCCAAACAGGUGCGACGGGGCUCAAUCAUAAUCAAUGGAACGUCGUGGCCGGCGACUCGUCGUCGGAUGCUCAACACUUGCGAUCGGGUCGAUCGACGCAACAGCCAUGCAGUUGCUGCACCCGUUGCUGGACAACCGGCUGCACGUGGCUGACGUCUGCGCUGGGCGUGUCGCUCCUAUUAUUCGUCUACCUGAUAACGGGAGCCGUCAUGUUCAUGGUGCUGGGCAAUCACGAAACGAUGGCGUCAUCCGAUCAUUCGAGAGCCCAGACGACUGGACACGUCCGCCCUGGACACCACCACCACGCCGAUCCUGACGCUCGUCUGCUAGGACAAAACAAUGGCGACGGUCGAUCGGCUGUGGUCCAUCACAGAGGAUUUGAAUAUCCUGUACAGGGACAAUUGGACGCAUUUGGCCAGGGUCGAAAUGCGGCAUUACCAGGAUCAAAUAGUGCGCACCUUGCGGCAAAUCAUGCUGGAAGAACGCUAUUCCUUCCGGCAAACGUGGACCUUCCCAUGUCCCUGCUCUACGCUCUGACGCUCAUCACUACCAUCGGAUACGGAUUUUACACGCCGACUACUGUGCUGGCCAGGAGUUUGACGACUGGCUAUUCUUUACUGGGCAUUCCGCUUUUCCUGCUUUACUUGUCUGUGGUCGGUGAACGGCUGGCCAGGAUUAUCAAUCGAAUGACGUUGUCGUGUUGUUGCUGCUGCAACGACAACGUUGCCGGACCGGCAGGCGACGAUGAAGAAGACGAAGAAAAUGGAAACGGCCGUCCUGGUCGGCGGAGGCUCGGCGCCUAUCGACAGUACAGUGACGUCACGCUGGCCCUGCAGCCCGUGUCGUUGCGGGGGAGCCGGAAGCAACGGCCAUGUUUCCCAGCAAGAGACGGCCUCUUCUUCGGCAACCGUCCAGCAGCCCUUCAAAAGCGACGCAAUCAUAGCCGGCAGGCAUUUAAGCGCUUCCAUCGGCUGCUCUAA